AUGAACUCAAUGAAUAGUCCAAGAAACAUGUACACUAUACAAAUUUUUUGCACAAUAUACGGCAUACUUCAAAGAGUUACAUUUCGUUACCCAAAACGGAGAGUUGUAAUAGCGCCGACCUCGUUUGCUCUUGACUACGAAUGUGACCCAUUAUCGCGCCUCGCCCUUGCUGAAAUGGUCAAGAUUGGACCCAGUUUACCUCCGCCAUCGCGUAGAGACCUGGUGAGGCUCGAAAGAGAGCAGAAAAGGGCGGCGCGCCUCGGAAAUGGAGAGCCUCCGUACCAAGGUGAACCGCGGGAGCAUCUCGAGUUCCUACUGUCCUCUUCGAGGAGGCUGCGCACCAAGACACUUGACCCACAAAUCCUCGAGGAAGCUAGAAAGCGACGCGAAAAGACUAUCAGCCGCAGGAUCUCUAGAAGAUUGGCGAAGGCCCGUGAACGAGCUCGUGAUAUGACGCCUCUUACAGAACGAUCCCAGGAACAUUCUGGCUUGGAUCAACCUGAUCUUUCAUUUGGCGAUGACGCGCUGGGUGGAUCAAGCCCAUCGAAAAGCCGGAUCCUUGUUGGUCUUGAAUCCCCAAGGGCUCAUCAGUGUCCUGCGUCUUUCGCCUUGCCUCAGGCCGCUCUUCCGUCUCCCGUUAUCUUCGAACCGCCUGUGUCAGACUCUGUAUUGCUUUUCAAAAAGAUUGCAAAGACUGAAGCACCUGGUCAACGAGAAAUGUCUUCUACGACGCAAUCGUCUGAUAAUGAGGCGUAUAUGCGCCCCUUAUUUUUGCCAUCGUCCUCCUCUGUAACUAGCCUGGUCGCUCGUCCAUCGGAUCACCCUCUAGUGUCUCGAGACAUGCUGUCGGCUGGCUUUACUCCCGUCUCCGGUCCCGAUAGGGAACUGUACGCCGAGGCUCAGAUGAUCCACACUGGUGGCAUCGAUCGCACCACAAAUUCGUUAGCCCCGUCUCUCCAAACAAAGUCUGCCUUCUCGUCUCAGGAGAAAUAUUCGACUGCACAGAGACUAGCCGACCGCGUAAUACGAAACAUUCAAGCAUCCUCUGCCAACUCUUCUCGAGUACCCUCCCGCAAAAAUGUGGCCUACUCCAAGUCUUUCAUCUUCAGCCAACCUCUUGACGCGAGCCAAUUUUCUUCCAAGGGUUCUUCGACCAGUUCAAGCCGAUCCUCCCGCAGUCCUUUUUCUUCUCUGACGCGUAACCCAGCUCGGAAUCGAUCGUUUUUCAACUCGCUCAACGGCACCAGUGCGAACAGCCCUACACUUUCUGCUAUCUCCGAUACCCAUCGCUCUUAUGGAACUGGAAUGCCUCUGACCAUCGUCACGGCACGGUCUUUGAAACUUGACCCACAGAUGGGACCUCUUCAGCCGGUUUCUAUUGCUCCGAAUGGCUCUCCAGAUCGCCGUCAUCCUGCUGGUAUCUCCGCUGUAAUAUUUUCCGUCUCCUCUGAAUCUGCUGCCACUCCUAAGCAGCUUGCGUGCGGUUCGAAUCUUUCUGGUUCCGGAGAGGACGUGCUUCCUGUUCAGCCCAUUGCUUCGGGGGAUGGUCCUGCCGAAAAACAGGGCUCCGGUGCUUAUUUCUGGCAGGUUAGUUCGUCGAGGCGACCUAUUCCUAAAGCCAAGGAAGUACAGCCAGUCGAAAGCUCUCAGAACGUGAAGCGAGAGCGUAAUCCAACACAUGAUCGGAAAUGGGAGUUGCCUUCACAAAGCCCUAUUGCUACCACUCUCGCUCCGGCUGCAGUUAUAACUAUGUCUCAAAGCAAAACAUCGGAAGCUAGAAGAAGAUCAACGACGGAAGAAUGGAACGACGAUGGCAGACAAUCUCCGCUAGUAUGGUACACUGGCGGCUCUCGAACACCAUUGCCGCCAAGGGCAGGACUGGUGCCCCCCGCUUGUACUCCAGUGGGCAAGCCAUCUUUUAGCUUUGCGAUGACGCUGCCGAGCCCUCCGUGGGGUCGGAGACCCCUAUUACCGACGUACGUUGCGGACGGGUGUACACUGGACAAUGGGCAGGGCAAGGCAGGCGGGCUAUUGACGGCGCUGAGGGCGGCAUGCGGAGUGUCGAGGGUUGUCUUCUGCAACGCCCACUCUUUUCUUCCGUCUGUCUCGUCACUGUCCUUCCUUACCAUGCCCGGUCUCUUCGUUGUCAUCUUUGCCAUUUUUUCGUCUUUCUCGUUUUUUUCGCUCGUUUCUGCCUUCAAUGUUACUUAUGGGUCGCCCACCGAAUGUGAUAGCCUCUCGAUAAACUGGAGCGGAGGAACACCACCCUUCCAACUGAUUAUCCUUCCCGUUUUUGGGACACCCAGAAAUGUCUCCAUACCCAGCGAUGCGUUCAGCAAUGGAGUUGGCUCUUACUCACUCCCAUUACCUUUGCCCAAGGAUGCGCAGAUGGUGCUCACGAUGUCGGACGCGACAGGAUUCGCCACUGGGGGCUCUUCAAAUGUGUUGACAGUUGGGGCAUCGCAAGGAGGCACCUGUAACACGACCGAUCCUGGUGUUUCGUUUACAUAUGAGCUAAAUUCGGCGCUGCAGCAGUGCAGACCUUUCACAUUCAGUGGAUAUUUACAAGCAUCCCAGCCCGUCACCAUAAAUGCCAUCGUUCCUGGAGGAACUGCAAUAACUAUGGCAGCGCCUCGUGGACCCACUUUCUUCCAGUGGCCAGCUAAUGCCGCUCGUGGGACAUCCUUCAUCUUUUUUAUGGUCGAUUCUCUUGGACGCCAGGGAGGAAGUUCGGAUAUCAGAGUAGUUGGAUUCUCAGAUGACUCCUCCUGUCUUAACGGGCUUUCACCCUCCUCGACAUUGGCGGCCUCCUCAACGGCUGCUCCUUCAAACACGAAUUCUUCCCCUGCCGCCACCACCUCGACGGCUUCAGGCAACGGGAUAUCGAUUGCUGCUGUCGCGGGAACAGUGAUUGGUGCCCUCUUGUUCCUCGCAGUAUUUAUCACCCUUGGGCUCUUCCUCCUUAGACGAAGGCACGAGAAGAAACACCCUCCCAGUCCCCCAAACACAUACAAGAGACACUCGCAUAGGAUGGAUUCACAGGCAGAAUUAGCCACCCCUUAUACUGUCCAGCCUCCAGAGUCUUCCUAUCUCUACGCACCAAGUCGAGCAAACGAUAAUCCGUUCCUGGACUCUCCCCUUCCAUCCUCUCAGCACAUCCCCCCUUCGACCUACAACCAAUCCGUCUACAGCCAACCCUCCAUGUAUCCCCCGAGUGAUUAUCAGGCUUUUCGGCCAUACGCGGACGCUGACCCAGAAGACCGGCCUUCUCAAACAUAUCCCCCAACUCGGCAUAACUAUAGCACCUCGAACACGCCGGCAGUUGAUCCCUUCAGUACUUCCGCACCUCCCCUGUUACCCAGUGUCGCGCCUGAAAGACAACAGCUCCGCCUUGUCUCUCACUCCUCGUCAAGCUCCUCUUCUGGGGCACAGAGCAAGGCCGCCAUGGCCGGCGUCACACCCUACACCCCUUCAAGAUUUGUCGUUCACACAGACGCAGACGACAUUUUACCUCCUCCUAACGAGGAUGGUGUGAUCGAGCUUCCUCCACAAUACACUGAACGAAGUAAUCCGGCAUCGGGGCGAAAUGCUGGUCAUCAUCCUGGUGCUUCAAAUUCGUAA